UAUCUAGCCAUCUCUUUGUUGCUGCUAUUUAUGAUAGAUAUAUUUCUUGUUCUCUGUCUCUAUUAUUGUCCUUUCCCCAAAGAGAUGCUAACUAAUUCCCUGUCACAGCUAUUGUUUUUGAAAUUGUUAUAUGAUAUGCGCAAUUCUGAUUAAUAUGGUAUUGGUAUAUCUGAGAUUCGUUAUUGCUCUCAUCAUAUAGCUUUACUUCAUUUGGAUUCUGUUUAGGGUUUAUUUGUUCGACAACCGUGGGUUUGACGUUAAUGUUUGCUCUCAUUUGUCGAUGGCCAAGAUCGAAAGAUUUGGAUUUCUCUAAUCUAAUCUAAUGCUUUAUAAUCUGUUCUUAUUUAAUGAUGUGUAUAUAUUGUUUGGCAGUAAAACGAAACGGGGAAAGCUAACAUUUUAUUUUCAAUAUUCAAUAUUUACUCCCUCCCUUGUUUAGGGUUUUUAAUUUCGUAUGCGAAUAGCAUUUGUUCUUGUCUUUUAAUCUUUGAUUUACUUCUAGACGGAACUACUGCUUUUCUAUACUCCUGAAAAAAUCCAAAAUUGUACUAGAAAAUGUGGGAUUAUUAAUUCUGUUUUUCUAUUUAGUACUUGUUUUUCAUGAAUUUUAAAACCAGAGGCUAGAGUUCUCUUAUUCAUAUCUCAUGUGCUUCGAAGAAUGGCUGUUAGCUUUACCGGGCAUGAUAAAGAGGGCAGAGACCAGACAGAAGAGAACAUGACAUCUAUCUAGUGGAGUUAUAAUUUAUUUGUGAUGGAUGAAACUGAAGUGGAAAAUCCCUUAUUCAUGGAAAUUAAAUCUGAAGAUAACAAAAUUGAAUUCCAGAGAAAUGAAAAUCAAGGUUUUGCAUCAGAGAAAGGAGAAGGUAGCAGUGUAGUUUUCUCAAGAGAAGCGCCACUUAUGAGGAAAGAGUCAAGAAUGUCCACUCCUUAUUGUUGCAAUGCCAAGAAGCUCAAAUCCAGGGCUGUUACAAUAGAUUGCGAGCUUGGAAAUAAUGAUAAAAUUGGGUUGGAGAAGAAACUAUGUAGACAAGACAGGAUUGAGUUGGGUCGGUUGUUUCAGGGUGCAGUGAGUUCCCAUGACUGGGAACUAGCAGAAAGUUUGAUUUUGGUUGCUGAUCCGCAGACGCUCAAUGAUGCCUUGUGUAGCACACUGGAUUCCAUCUGGUUCUUGAGCACAGAGCUAGAGCUUAAUGGGAUAAUGGGAUUUAUCAAGAAGAUCAUUGCUAAUGGUGCUUAUGACUUCACAAGAGCUGCUCUAAGAACUUCAUUCCUUGCUUCAUGUGUCUCUGCUUGCCAGAGUAGAACAAUGAGUCUCGCUGAUACAGUUACUGUAAUGGCCCAAAGGUUGCAUGAGCGCCUCCAGGAAUGCAAUGGAGAUGAAGUCUUGAAGGCAGAAGCAGGCGCUAAGGUUCAGAAAUUUACUGAAUGGGCUCUGAAAUGUAUAGGCAUCCAUUCCCGACUGCAGGAUGAUAGGGAAAGUGUGAUACACAGUUCAUCUGUUGAAAUCCAGCUCCGGUUAUCUGCCUUUAAGACAUUCCUUGAUCUUGCUGGCAACCGCCUUACGGGGAAGGACUUCAGUGAGGCCUUUGAUGCGGCUUGUUUUCCACUUACUCUUUUCUCCAGCUCAUUUGAUCCAGGUUGGGCAUUUGGCUUGUCAGCUACUGUGAUUCAAGGGUUGUUGGGCAUGCUAGUAGAGGGGGGUGCAGACAACGUCAAUCAGUGUUUCUUGGAGGCUUCACGUUUUGGCAGUACAGAACUUGUUCGCAUACUGUUGCAGAUUGCUCAAAGAAACAGCUUGGAUGUUGAUGUUGACUUGGCAUUGGGUUUUGCCUCCCAUUACGGCAAGAUAGGAACUAUGGAGUGCUUGGUGGAAGAGGGAAAUGCCAUAGCCUUUUUGGGUCCUUUGAUGAGAGCUGCUGAGAGGGGCUGCAUGCAAGUUGUUGAGUGGUUUGUGCAGAGGGGUUGUCGAGACAUGGAACUCUGCCUUGCCCUUACAGCAGCCACUUCUAGCUGCCAAGUUCACAUUGCGGCUUAUCUUCUGCCACACGUACCCCAGCAGGUCCUUGCAGCACUUAGUGUUGAAAUUCUAAAGGCUGCUGGUGAGCGUAGUGGUGGAUCUCUUGAUGGCGUAGCAUUUCUCCUCCAAUCUGAUUUCUUAGGUGAUCCUGCAGCUACUUAUGCUGUUGCAGAUAUUAUUGCUAAAUCAGAGGAUGAGGCUGUUGCGCCUGAGCUGAAGACUUUUCUUAAGGAGCACUGGUCAGAAGGAGCUUACAAGGAGGGAUUAAGGUUAGGGCAAGAACAUUACAUGAACCUUGUGAGAAUCAUAAAAUGGGGCGAGUCUCCUAUUUGCUUAAGAGAUCUUCCGGCCCCGCUCACGGUGGCAAUCGCUUACCUCCCACUUUAUAGAGAGUGUGUCAAGGCGGGUGGCUGUUUGUUUUCCCAACGGCUUAGGGGACAGCUGGUUGAAGCCGCUAGAAGGCUCGGGAAUAGGGUUUUGGGUGAAGUGACCCAUGGUCGAGAGCUAUUGGUCGUUUUGGAACAGCACCUUCCUCACUUUUUGCUCCAUCCAACCCGCAUUGCUUAGCUAGAUUCGGUUGCCAACGUUAUGUAUUUUUUAUUUACUUUUGACACCCAUCUUUAUUAUGUAAUGAAUGAAUGCCACCAUUGAUAACAAUUUUUAUCUGGGAGUUAGUGUCUUCAA